AUGACGCAGGCGCAGGAAGUGCUGAGCUUCUGGUUCGACGGCGACCAAACGGAGACGUACCGCAGCAAGUGGUUUCCCUCCGAUGGGUCAGACAUACAGAAGGUAACAGACGUCGAAGUUGCAGCGCAAUUCAGCUCGUUAUUGGCUCGUGCGGAGGCUGGAGAGCUCGAGAGCUGGCGUGACGAGAGUCCCGACACUUGUGUGGCGUUGAUAUUGGUCUUAGACCAAUUCUCUCGCCACGUUUAUAGAGACCUCAGUGUUGUAACGAAUGAAGAGCAACGUAAACGCAACGAUGUUCACGCUCUAGCGAUUGUAGAGCAGAGUUUGCUCCCUAAGCGUUGGCACGAGUCGCUUCCUGUGCCACGCUUUGUCUUCGCCUUGAUGCCUCUGCGUCACUCUCCUACACCUGAGCGACUCACUGACGUUUUAGCAGCUAUUGAAGCGCGCCGCCAAUUGCAAGAACAGCAUGGAGAUUUAUUAGAGAAGUUCCGACGUACGACCACCGAAAGAUUGCAGCAUCUGCGAGGAGGUCCGGAGAGCGAGACGACCGGCAUUUCCGACGAUGAUAUCCUAGAACGCGCUUAUAUGGAGACAGAUGAGAGUGACAUGCCCAGGAAUCGACUGUACCGUGUGAUGGAUGAGUACUUAGCGCAGAUGAAAGCUUCUGAGUAUUCCCACAUGGCUGUCUCGCUGUCAGGAGGUGUCGACUCGAUGGUGGUAGCGUACUUGAUGCACAAGUUGAAGGAGAAACACGGAGACUUUACGAUUGUAGCAGUGCAUUUGGACUACGGAAACCGACCCGAGAGUGGAGCUGAGUGUGACUAUGUGCGACGAUGGUGCGAGCGCUUUGGCAUCGUCUUCCAUGUCCGCCGGAUCGACGAAGUGAAGCGCGCAACGACGCGACGUGACGACUAUGAGAAGAUCUCGCGUGAGAUACGAUACUCUACGUAUGCAGAGGUGAUGCAGAAGUAUCAUAUCCCCGGUAUGUGCUUUGGACACCAUCGCGGCGACGUACAGGAGAACGUCAUCUCGAACAUGAUGAAAGGGCUGAGUCUGCUCAACUUGAACGGAAUGCAAGCGAGUAGCGUCGUGAACGGUGUGCGGAUCUGGCGUCCGCUAUUAGACUUGGAAAAAGACGUCAUCUUUGAGUUCGCACAUCGAUACGGUGUGCCAUAUUUCAAGGACACGACGCCCAAGUGGAGUACGCGAGGUAAGCUACGUAACCACCUGGUGCCCUUGCUCAGGGACAUGUACGGCGACGGGUUUCUCAAUAAUCUCUCGGCUCUUGGCGCGGAGUCAACGCAAUGCGCUGAACUUGUGGACUCGCGAGUUCUCGCUCCAAUCAUGAAGACUGUCGGACAGAGCGACGUGGCGGUGUGGGUGGACUGUGGGCUGCUCAAGGACCAGUCGUUCUUCGUGUGGAAAGAAGUGUUCCGUCAGAUCUGCCACUCCAUCAUGGGCAACAGUAUGGUACGCGAGAAGCCAUUGCACGAGUUGAUCCAGAAACUGCAGCGGUUAGACGCUGGACCUGUGGGUAAGGCCAAGCACAAGAACAAGGACGCCGAGGUGGGGUCGUGGGUUACGCUCAAAAAGGGUAACCGGUCAUUCCUGACCAAAGACAAGCAGCUCAUCAUCUUCCGCGACCAGUUCUUCCCUCGUAAACCAUACGUCGCGUCUCAGUUCCCUCUACUUGCCGGCGAGACGUAUGAAUUUGGUCCUUGGAAGGUACAAACGGAGCUGCUGGAUGUCGAUCAUGCUACAGUUCAAGAGCUGCGAGACUGCAAGACUUUGACUGUGUGGGAUCUGGUACAUGCCAAUGGAUUGUCCUACGUGUUCCCCAAUGCCCCACAAUUGGUGAUCGACUGCGCCUCACGACUCCACGUACUGCGUGCCAUCGAAAAGGUCAUCACGGACAAUAUGCCUAUUGUUUCUUCAGUCGGUGCUUUCGAUGAAGCCACUUCAAAAUGGGUACAUGUGAAGCUGACCUAUUCGCAAUAG